CUCUUCAUUCAAAUAAUCUCAUCAUAACCAAAACUUCAACUUUUCCCAAAAAAAAAAAAACACCUAGCACCAUGGCUACAAUUGAAAAAAACCUCACCAUUACUGAAAAAGUUUAUGUUAGAGUUCGUCUUGCAAAUGAAGCUGAUAUUCACCAUAUAUACAAACUUUUUUACCAAAUUCAUGAAUAUCACAACUACACUCAUCUUUACAAAGCAACUGAAUCUUCCCUUUGUGACCUUCUCUUUGAUAAAGUUAACCCUAAGCCUCUCUUUUAUGGUCCCUCGGUACUUUUACUCGAAGUUUCGCCAACCCCAUUUUCAGAUAUCAACAACAAAGAUGAAAAAUUCAAGCCUGUUCUGAAACAAUUUGACCUUAGGGCAGAUGUCGUGGACAAAGAAGCCGAGGAAUUUAAGUCCAAAUCGUGUGUUGAUGAUGAGAAAAACGACGUUUAUAUUGCUGGAUACUCGUUUUUUUACGCGAAUUAUUCGUGUUUUUAUGAUAAAGCUGGAAUUUAUUUUGAGAGCCUUUAUUUCAGGGAGAGUUAUAGGAAGUUGGGCAUGGGGAGAUUGUUGUUUGGGACUGUUGCUUCUAUUGCAGCAAAUAAUGGAUUUUCUUCAGUAGAGGGAAUUGUGGCUGUUUGGAAUAAGAAAUCUUAUGACUUUUAUGUUGAUAUGGGGGUUGAGAUAUUUGAUGAAUUUAGGUAUGGGAAAUUGGUUGGUGAUGCUCUACAAAAAUAUGCUGACAAGGAGAAGGUUUAAUUAAUUUGAUGAGGAUAUUUUAGUGAAUAUUCUUGGCUUUUGGGAUGUGGGUUAAUUUGUUUUUUCUUUGUCAUUUCUGAAAGCAAUUUACUGAAUAUUAUGUAACAUUAAUUUGUGUUUGCAAAGGUUGGAUGAAUUAAUAAACAUGCGUUAUUACUA